AUGCGUUUGCUACGGCUCGGUGAGGAUGGGCAGUUCACCCAGAAAGAGUUCACUGGCAAGGCUAUACCACGCUACGCAAUACUGUCGCACACUUGGGGUGAAGAUGACCAGGAAGUCAGUUUUGAAGACGUCCGAACAGGAAGCGGGAACAACAAAGCUGGUUAUGUUAAACUGCAAUUUUGCGCACAACAAGCUGCAAGCGACGGCCUAGAUUACUUCUGGAUUGACACCUGCUGCAUUGAUAAAGCAAGCAGUACUGAACUUUCAGAAGCAAUCAAUUCCAUGUUUCGAUGGUACCGCAAUGCAGAUAGAUGUUACGUAUAUCUUGCUGACGUAACGGAUCUAGACGAUAAAUUUGCGUCAAGUUCUGAUGGGCUCUGGAGGUACGAAUUUCAGCAAAGUAAAUGGUUCACUCGCGGCUGGACCCUUCAGGAGCUUCUUGCGCCUACUUCAGUCGAAUUCUUUACAGCCAAAGGAAAGCAGCUCGGAGACAAACACUCCCUCUUUGGGGACAUCUUCAAGGCUACAGGGAUACCCUUCAAAGCCGUAGUCGAUCCUAUGUCUCUGUCCUUGUUCAGUGUCGAGGAACGUUUAUCCUGGGCUGCAGACCGAGAUACCAAGCGCGAAGAAGAUGCAGCGUAUGCUCUAUUGGGCCUCUUCGAUCUUUCGAUGCCUCUCGUCUACGGUGAAGGUCGGAAACGAGCGUUCAAUCGUCUUCAUCGAGAGCUACAG